UUUUAAAUUUCAUCCAAUGAAGAACCUAUAGGAGGGGCCGGGAGGCGAGUCAGUGACAUAAUGCGGAUUGAUUGGCAUUCAGGCCAAUCUAGAGCCUCGCCAAUGCAGAGGCUGGGUGGGACGGGGCAGGCGCAGAGGCUUGGGUUUGGCUGGACUCGAUUUAAAGAGACAGAAGCUGUCGGAGUCCUAGAACACGGUUUCCAAGACCCUCCCCCCUAGUUUCUGGGACUACUUGGGUCCCCAGAGCUGGCAAGAUGGUUUGCGGCGGCUUUGCCUGCUCCAAGAAUGCGCUCUGCGCCCUUAAUGUGGUCUACAUGCUCGUGGGCUUGUUGCUCAUUGGAGUGGCUGCUUGGGGUAAGGGUCUGGGUCUGGUGUCCAGCAUCCACAUCAUCGGGGGAGUCAUUGCUGUGGGAGUCUUCCUUCUCCUUAUCGCGGUGGCUGGACUGGUGGGUGCUGUCAACCACCAUCAGGUUCUGCUGUUUUUUUACAUGAUCAUCCUUGGUUUGGUCUUUGUCUUCCAGUUUGGAAUCUCUUGCUCAUGUCUGGCUAUUAACAGAAGCAAACAGACAGAUGUCAUCAAUGCUUCUUGGUGGGUCAUGAGCAACACAACCCGGGAUGAACUGGAAAGAAGUCUUGAUUGUUGUGGCUUGUUCAACCUUACACGCCAGUAUCAACAAGAUUAUGCUUCAUGCCGUGCAAUCUGCAAAAAUCGAAGCCCCACAUGCCAGGUAUGUGGAGAAAAGUUUCUUAACCAUUCAGAUGAAGCCCUGAAAAUCCUGGGGGGUGUUGGACUCUUCUUCAGUUUUACAGAGAUCCUUGGUAUUUGGUUAGCAAUGAGAUUUCGGAAUCAGAAGGAUCCUCGCGCCAACCCCAGUGCCUUUCUAUGA